AUUUUAUUAAAAAUAUUUUCUUUUAAUUUCAAUUUAAAUGAGAUACAUAUAUUUUUCAACUAAAAAAUUUCUGUCGCUUGCAUAUGCAUGUGUAUAUCUUCAUUUUUUCUCGACUUGUUGCGACUGAAACUUUUUCUAUAAAACCCUCCAGCCCCACUUCACCAACCCCAGACUUGUGAGAUUGUUCGGUCGAACCAAUUUAAGAACCCCUGAAAAAAAGAGAAAAGCAGAACGAAAAGAGCAAAAAAAAGGAAAAAAAUCAUGGCUUUCGAGAAGAUCAAGGUGGCCAACCCGAUCGUCGAGAUGGAUGGAGAUGAGAUGACAAGGGUCAUCUGGAAGUUUAUUAAAGACAAGUUGAUUUUCCCUUUCUUGGAGUUGGAUAUAAAGUACUUUGACCUCGGUCUUCCCCAUCGUGAUGCCACAGAUGAUAAAGUUACUAUUGAGAGUGCUGAAGCUACUCUCAAGUAUAAUGUGGCGAUUAAGUGUGCCACAAUCACUCCAGAUGAAGCUCGUGUGAAGGAGUUUGGCUUGAAGAGUAUGUGGAAGAGUCCGAAUGGUACAAUUAGGAACAUUUUGAAUGGAACGGUCUUCAGAGAACCAAUCCUAUGUAAAAACGUACCUCGACUUGUCCCAGGAUGGACUAAGCCAAUUUGCAUCGGAAGACAUGCUUUCGGAGAUCAAUACAGAGCAACUGAUACAGUUAUCAAAGGGGCUGGAAAGCUCAAAUUGGUGUUUGUGCCAGAAGGGAAGGAUGAAAAAACAGAAUUUGAGGUCUUUGAUUUUACUGGUGCUGGUGGGGUUGCUUUGUCAAUGUACAACACAGAUGAGUCAAUUCGUGCUUUUGCUGAGGCUUCAAUGAACACUGCAUACCAGAAAAAGUGGCCUUUGUAUCUUAGCACAAAGAAUACAAUCCUCAAGAAGUAUGAUGGCAGAUUCAAGGACAUAUUUCAAGAAGUUUAUGAAUCAAGCUGGAAAUUGAAGUUUGAGGAAGCAGGAAUCUGGUAUGAGCACCGUCUCAUUGAUGAUAUGGUUGCAUACGCCCUGAAAAGCGAAGGGGGUUAUGUAUGGGCUUGCAAGAAUUAUGAUGGAGACGUGCAAAGUGAUUUCUUGGCACAAGGGUUUGGAUCACUCGGGCUGAUGACAUCGGUUCUGGUAUGCCCUGAUGGGAAGACAAUCGAGGCUGAAGCAGCCCAUGGAACUGUUACUCGCCACUAUAGAGUACAUCAAAAGCAAGGUGAAACUAGUACAAAUAGCAUUGCCUCUAUUUUCGCUUGGUCUCGUGGCCUUGCACACAGGGCUAAGUUGGAUGAUAAUGCAAAACUGUUGGACUUCACUGAGAAACUGGAAGCUGCUUGUAUUGGUGUUGUGGAAUCUGGGAAGAUGACUAAGGAUCUUGCUCUCAUUAUCCACGGAUCCAAGUUGAGUAGAGACCAGUAUUUGAACACUGAAGAGUUCAUCGAUGCAGUUGCUGCUGACCUGAAAGCUAGACUUUCCGCUUGAGUGUAAUUAGGGCAUUUUGGCGUAAGAGUGAUUUAUGCGUUCGUUGGUUAUAUUUUCUAUUUCUUUGUAUGUUUGUAGGUCAUUGCUGUUUGGUUGUGGGGAAAUUUUUCAUUCAGAAUACUCUGUUGCUUUUUACUAAAUAACUCACCUUCCAUUUUAGGUGUUACCAGCUUGCUUUCUUGCUGCAUUUUGUUUCUAUUGUUCAAUCCAAACUGAUGUAUUGUGAACGCAGAAAUUUUUUUGUGAUUUACUGGUUAUUAAUGGAGGAAACAAUUAUCUUAAACAAUUAAUGUUGCUUUUAUUUAGAAUUCGAUUGCAUUUUCCAUUUAUUGCCAUUCUUGUCUGGUUGAGUUUGUUCUU